AUAGCACAUUUACUAAAAACCUUAGACAUUGCUUUUUUUUUUUUUAAAGUCAGCAUUUGGGAUCUUCCAUUGCUUAGCUGAAUUAAACUAAACAUAGACCAACAGUUACAGGCUCAAGUCGAUAGGCCUUGUGCUAAAGGAAGGCAGAGAAGAGCUACUGACUUGUACAAAGUUUUAUUAUAGUUGCUUCUAAAAAGCUGAUUUUGUUUCCCUUGGCAACCAGGCAAGCGAAGCUCACAUUUUUGAACAAUGAAUCAUUCUUUCCAGGAUGACGUCUCUCAGGGCAUUCGUGAAGAGAGAAAGCUGUAUGUUGUGGAUUCCAUAAACGACUUACACAAACUCACCCUCAGCCCGGCAGGAUCGCAGCAGCUCUUCCCCCUAGAAGAGAAAGUCCCCGUCAGAAGGGACCCGGAACCAAGGAGACCCGUCCUGUUCCUUGUGGGGCUGAUCCUCGUGCUGAUUGUCAGCCUGGCCCUGGUCUCCUUCGUGAUCUAUCUCAUUGUUCAAACUGGAAACCAGAUGGAUGACGUGUCAAGAAGACUCACAGUUGAGAAAAAAGACAUAGAUGAUCUUAAGAAACUCAACAGCCUGAUCAUAACGCUACUCAACCAGCUGGACUCUAAACAAAACUAAAGAAGUGAUCUUCUAAGAACAACAGUUAACUCCCUAAUGAAUUUCUCACGAUUCUGGGUUUUCAGGGGGUGAAGAACAGAGCGAAUGUUUCCAUAGACAACAGAUUCUUGGACUGUGCACUCAGUUCUGGGCUCGGCUGUUUGUUCCAGAGAUGGGUGUGACUCCAAAGCAAGGGGACGAGGACACAGGGGCCAGCAAGAGAUUGAUUUCAUGGUAGGACCGUUCACUUAUUGCAGCUAAGGGCGGAAGGCAUAAAAGACAACCAACAGUAAGCAAGAGAGCUCAGCUGUAUUUGUACACAUUCUUUUUUUUUUUUUAAGAGCUUUGUCACUAGGAUAAAUUCUCUGUGCCAGUGAAGUUGAUGGUGCCUCAAGCAUCUUUACCAACUCCUGAGAAAUUGUCAAGAAUUCAUUGAAUUCUUAAUGUUCAAAGGUGUCAAGUGAUAACACCUUUUAAUUAAAGAGAUUAUGCUCAAUUUAUUUCUCCAGGGACAGGGGUGAUCAGAUUUCAGAGACAGUUACUUCCUGGUAUUAGCUAGUAGUAGUUAUUUGAGUUUGAGGAGGGGAAUACUAACAGUUAUUAUUAUUGGUGUUGGAGAUAAUCCCAGGACCUCAUACAUGCAAAAUAUAUGCUGUGCUACCAAGUUGUCUCUCCAGUUUGAGUUCCAAAUUUAUUCAACUAAUGCUUAUGUAGUGUCUUCUUUGCGUAAACCCCUGAACUCUAGAACUCUAGAGUACAUUCCCGUGGAGAAACAAUGGAGAUAUGCAUUUAUAUGUAAUUGUAUAAGCCUUGCUUACUGUGUUUCUCAUACGUUUUAUUCAUUAUCCUGCUGAUUAAUUUUUAAUCAAUUUGAUAGGUUUGUGGCUUUUUUUAAACAAUACUAGGAAAUUACAUAUCUGGAAACUCCCUUAUUUUUAGCACAAAAAGGUAAGGGCCCUGUUUAAAAGAUACGGUAUGAUAUAAGUGAGCUAAAAAGUGCAAAUGAGGAUUGGAUUGGGGGAGUAACCCAGUGGUAGAGCACUUGGUUUAGAAUGUGUGAAGCUCUGGAUCUGAUUCCAGUACUCCAAAAAAAAAAAAAGUAUCUGAAUCUCAGAAAAUCUCUUAUUAUGAAUAUAUCAUGCAAAUUCACUGAAGAAUGUAUUGGGAGUCUGUCAUUUUGUGUUGAUCUAAAAUAUUUGUGUUAAUCUGAAAAAAUAAAACACAAACACAAGCAUAUUUUCAAACACUCAAGUGAUUAACAAAAUAAAUCCAAGACAUUUAUUUAUUCAUUUUGCAUUAA